ACGGCUCCACUGGCUCUUCUUCGAUAAUCGAAAUUUCGUUUGCCGCUAAUUUUGAUGUCAAACAAAGUACCUUGACAUUCAAAUUUAUUUAUAUCCUGUUCUGUGAGUGUAAUUCUGUUUAAACAUUUACGUUUACCUAUUUAUAACAAAAUGGAAAUGUCCGUCAACAUGACACCAGAAGAUUUUCUAGAAAAGGAAACGGAAUUUCUGGAAAUUCUAAGUUCUGAAGAAAAUCUGAAAAACAUUCCGUUAAUAAACCAUGUCAAUAUACAGAAUCUUAAGGAUAACAGUCUGGUACGGUUCCGUGGUAUGGUCCAGGAUAUGCUUGACCCGGAAAUUUAUUUAGAAAAAUAUGCUGUCGGCAGUGGUGACAGUGUGCGGUUACAGAACGGUCGAUAUAGAGACGCUUUCGUGUUGAAUACCAACGAAAAUGUCGACAUGGAUAGUCCACAAAAUUCACACGGGGAGCGACGAUCGGUGUUUGUCGUUACAAUUCCUGGGCUGAAUGAUUGGGCAUCGGAAGCAGAACGAGAAAGCUGUCCAAUUAAAGACAUCUCAACUGAACGAGUUGCUGGGUCAACCACAUUGAAACGUCCGUUAGAAGAUGAAGAGCCUAUGGAGUCGGAGAAAAAGAGUCCGUCCGAAGCGAUAGGAUCUUUAUCGAAUGGAUCAUCUGUGAAAGAAUCUCCGUCGUUAUUAUCACGAGAAUACCUCCUAAACUCACCGAUUGCCGAUCGUCCGAGCAAGGCGUGCAUUGUCAAGAUGUACAACGACUUUGACAAUCUUGUCCUUAAUUCAGUAGUCGAUGUGAUUGGAUUUCUGUCAGUUGAUGCAGUGCUAGAUGGAACGCACCAUGACUUAAACGAUUUCGAUGAUAUUACGGAAGUUCAGGCAGCCAAUCCACCGCCGUCAUUGAUUCCGCGUAUCCAUGCCGUGCUGAUUAAACCGAUUUCGCACUUGAAUCCACUAUUGCCGCAAACAACGUUCGAUGGGAUCACUGGCUUCGAUGACAACACAUGUGUGGAGCUCUUCAAAGAUAUUCAACUGUUAUUGACGCAAUGUCUGCUUGGUGACGUCGUUGCCGCCGAGUAUUUGAUGGCUCAUUUGAUAUCAACCGUUUAUGUUCGAUCGGAGUUAGAAUGUUUGGGACAGUUUUCGUUGAAUUUAAGUAACAUACCAGCACCGGUACUUCCGGUUUACACGAAACUGUUGUACGACAUAAUUGAGAUGAUUUUACCUGCGAGCCACUACUUUCCAAUGACGCUUGACAAUUUGAAUUUGCUGCAAUUUUCACCAAAGAAAGAUUACGCUUCCAACAAAUUAACCAGCGGAUUGCUGCAACUUGCGCCUCAUACGAAUUUAGUGUUAGACGAAACUCAACUUCAGACUGGCAAAUUGGAGGCCAGUGGCGUGAAAGCCGUAUCGUCCAUAGCGUAUUUGAUUAACAAUCAAAGGGUCAAAUGUGACUUCCAGUUCUUCGACGUAGAAGUGAACGUUAACGUGCCUGUAUUGACGUUGAGCGAAGGAAAAAGUAUGCUGCCCACCAACUGUCACGUACCAUUGAUGCCGCAACAGGAAAACAUUGAUUUGAUCAAGGAAACAUUUGAAGCUGCAAAGUUUUUCCUUCUGCCAAAACUGGAUUCGAUACGACGAUACUUGACCAUCUUACGAAUCGUCAAGUUCAGCAUGAAUCCCGAUGAACUAACGAUGAUCGAAAAUGAUUUCGUCGAGAUGCGAAGAGAACAUUGUGCUACGCCAGAAGAUCUACAUUCAUUGAUUGUGUUAUCGAGGAUGCUUGCUUUAUGUCGUGGAAAGACUAGUCUCACUGGUGACCUGUGGCAACAUGCUAAAUCGUUAGAGACCGAGCGUAGGAAAAGGAUUGCUUCUAUUCCGACUCGUAAUGUGUUGUAAUGUAAAGGAAGUACUGGCUCAAUAAAUUCUAGUGCUAGUC